AUGGGGACCGCGCGCGCGGGAAAGGGCGAAGGGGAUGGACCGCGGACGUGGGGGAGAGCUGGGGGGCGCGCGCUCGCGGGCGCGCUCGCGGUGGUCCUGUGCGCGCUCGCGAUGGGGUGCGCCCGGGCGGGCGGCGCGGCGGGCGCGGCGCGCGACGGCGCCCUGGAUGAGGCGCGCGCGUCUUGGGCGGGGAACGGUAUUUUGGCGAGCGUGCUCGCGAACGCGGCGUUGGAUGGGCGCGCGGCGGUGCGAUCGUCGUUGAUGGUGGCGGCGAAGGUUUUCGCGUGCGCGAGCGCGGCGUGCGCGGUAGCCGCGGUGGCGCCCGAGCGACGGGCGCGCGCGGAUGAUGGUGGUGCCGCGACGGCAUCGCGUGAUGUGAGUGCGAAAUCGUCGUCGACGCGCGACGCGAGGUCCGAGAGCUCGCGUCGUAAGAGUGGAGAUUCGCCGAGGGAGAACGAGGGACGGUCGCCGCGAGGGCAUAGAACCAUAGAAGAGUUGGCCAGGGCGAAGGAAGCCGCCAAGGAACGAAAGCGACGCGCGCGGGAGGAACAAGAGUUGAUUGCGAAACGAGAAGAGGAAGAGCGCGCGGAGAUCGCGCGUUUAGUGAUCCAAGAACGUGCGAGGAGGGAAGCCGAGCGAGCCGCUUUGGCGGAGGAAAUAGCGACUAGAGCGCGAGAAGCGGAGGAAGCGCGCGCGAAGGCUGAAGCGGAGGAAGCGGAGAGACGUGCGAAAGAGCAACUCAAGCGACAUGCUCUUGAAAAGAAACCAGUCGCGGAGAGCGCUGUGGAAUCGGACAAGCAGAAUGGCGGUAAGUCGUCGAGCGAGCCCAACGGCUUGAAGAAAAUUCCCGCUCCGAUGGGACAGAGUAAAACCGGAAACAAAACGACGUCUCCACCGCGAACCAAACAACCGGCACCGCCGCGUUCGACCGGGUUGACGCUCCGAAAGAUUCCGACGCCUCGCAUGGUGCCAUCUGGUCAGGCGAUACAGUCAAACGCUCACGCGCACGCGACGCCCGCGGCGCCUCUGCCUUCGAGCGCGCCGCCGUCGCUGCCGCCGAAGGGACUGCCACCACUUCCGCGAGGACCACCUCCGGAUUACGCGCGCGUCGAACCGCCGCUACCGCCGAUGGCGCCUAUGGACGCCGUGCGACAAAAUCUCGUGUCGUUUGGCACGAGCGGUCCGCCACAACACAGAGCCGAGUCGCCUGCCUCGCAACCUGAGCCCGUGUCUCCGAAAUCACCGACUGGAUUAAAUGCACCGCCAGGGUUCGAGAGUGCGAUGCCGACGACAAUGAAUCCGUACGACCAGUGGGCGGCCGUCGACAGCACGAUUCAGUCAUUCUUAGCCAGUACAACGGGCGUUGAGGACGACCCGUUCUUGUACGCCUCGAGAAGCGCCGACACGAGUGCGUACGACAACAUUUUCGCACCGCGAAAGUUGAGCGCCGACGUCGAACCCGAGGCACCGCCGUUGCCGCCGACGCCGCACCCCGAGAUCUUGGCCAACGUCUUUCGGGACGCCCUGUGA